AUGCACAACUCGCCGCAGUCGCCGCCGCCUGCGCCAUUGGCGUCAUCGGCCGCCGCCGCGCUCUCGAGCUCCGCGGGCAACGGCUCGUCGUCCUCCUCCUUCCUGCGCAAGGCCGGCCACCUGUACAAGAAGACGGGACUGGGCCGGUCCUGGCGCCCGCGCUUCUUCUCGCUCGAGGGCACCGUGCUCUACUACUACAAGCGCGAGGGCGACUCGGUGCCCAAGGGCAUCGUCGUGCUCACGGGCUGCCACAUCCGUGCCACCAAGGACAAGAAGCUCUACAGCUUCCGCAUCUCUCACCCCAAGACGUCCAAGGUCUACGACCUGGCGGCCACGCUGCCCAGCCGCACGGAGGACUGGAUCCACGCGCUGACUCAAGCCGCCACGCUGGCGCAGAACUCCGCCUCCAGCUCCGGCUCGGGCUCCAGCCCCGGCUCCAGUAGACAACUGCCCAUGGCCAACUCGUCCAGCAGCGAUUUGCUGCUGCACUCGGCCUCGUCCCACUCGAUGCUCGUGGACGCGUCGGUCACGGAGCUGCUGGACGUCCCCGGCGCGGCCAUCCCCGACGAGUUUGCAGAUAAGAUAGACGGCUUGCUGGCCGAGUUCGUCGCCCAGGCGCGCGAGGGCGCGGAAGGCUGGAAGUUCCAGACCGAGCAGCGCGACGUCAAGGCGUACGUGCGUCGCGCGUCCAGGAUCGGCGCCUUCAAGGGCGUGGGCUUCAUCGCCCACCACCCGCACAAGGUGCUGCAGCUCGUGCUGGAGCUGUCGAAGCGAUACACGUUCGACCCGCAGCUGCUGGCCACGCAGCGAGUGCACGUCUUCAACGACCACACGUGGGUGGACCACUUGACGUACAAGGCGGUGUUCCCCGCCGCUGCGAGGGACUUUGUCAACCUCACGCACUGGCGCGUGCUACGCGACGGAUCCAUGGUCGUCGUGGCCACGUACGCUGAAGACGAGAGCUUCGUCAAGAGCCAGGAGCCGCAGAUCGUGCGCGGCAAGAUCAUCAUGGCGGGCUUCCUGCUCACGCCCAACGAGGACUACACCGGCGUGACCGCCACGUACAUCACCAAGGUGGAUGUAAAGGCGGGCAUCCCGGCUGGACUGCAGGCCAAGAUGUUCAUCAAGCAGGCGUUCGUGGUGGACGGACUGCGGAAGGCGCUUGACGAGGACGAGAGCCCCAGACAGUGGGAACGCGUCACGAACGCCACAACCUUUGGCAUCUCUACGACGGACUGCGUGGAAGACGAGGAGGAAGCUGUCUCGAACUUGCCGGACGUCAACGACCAAGAUGACCAGGCCGAGUCGCUUCCAAGCAGACGACCGAGUGUCGUGCCGGAAGAAGGCUUCCCAGUCGUCCCUGAAGAGUACAGCGAGAUCAUCGAGAAGGCCGUGGCGCGGAUGGAGGCCGAGCUCAACGACGAAACGUCCUGGAACUUCAUCGGCGACAAGGACGGCGUCAAGGCCUACACCAGGGUGGACGGGUCCUUGACGGCAGCCAAGGGCGUGGGGUUCUUGCCCUACCACCCGCGCGCUAUCUGGGAACAAGUGGUGGACGCUGCCAGGCGUAAGCUCGUGGACCCGCAGCUCGCACUGGGCAUGAACCUCAAGUCAUUGAACGCUCAGACCAACAUCGACUAUCUCGAGUACAAGUCCAUGUUUGUGGUCGCCGGCCGCGACUUCUGCAACCUGGCUCAUUGGCGCGUGCUGCCUGGAGGCACCAUCAUCAUUGUGGUGCAGAGUAUCGAGGAUCAGGAGCUGUGCCCGCUCAAGGAGCCCAAGGUCGUCCGUGGUGACUUGCACUUGGCGUGCACCAAGAUCGUCCCGAACGCAGCGUACAGUGGUGCUGAGGUGACCACGAUGAUCAAGACGGACCUCAAGGGCAACAUCCCCGCGCGGAUCGCUGGCAAGGCAGCAGCAGAGCAGCCGUUCGUCAUUGCCCGGAUGGGUGAGGUGAUCAAGUCGAGACGCGACCUCGACAAGGUGGCGGCUCAGGGUAAGCUGACCAACACGCUGUUCGAGCUCCCACCUCCCUACAAAAAGCGGUCGUCGUCGAUGGGCUCCCACACGAUGCAGAAUGGAGUCGCUCGCAAUGGAACGCUGCGAGUGGAUACCGCCUCGCGACCGGCAGAGGAGAAAACGAAAGCCAAGCAGGCAUCUACUGUAUUAUCAUCAGCAGCAGCGAAGAAGAGUGAGUCGAAGAAAACUGCCGAGUCAGUUGAGGUUAUGGAUCUCUCCAAGACCGGCAAGAAUACAGUGAGCGACGUGGCCAUGUACGCGAUUCAAUUUGGCGGGGCCGUUUUGGCUCUGAAGACGGUCGGCCUUCCGACUGCUGUGCACUUCACGGCUGUGAUCCUGCUGAUCCUGUUCUUCGCGCUGCAGCUUCACCUCGGCCCGAGCCGCAUGUCACCGCGAAGGAAAAUGAUGAUCUCGACGUUCGGACCUCCUGACAGCGGCAUGAUUCUCGGCACGCUGCAGCUGGACAUGACCAAGACCAACCAGUACAUCGCCGAGCGACGGAAAGACUCGGACUGCCACCUUACCAUCACGCACAUCGUCCUGCGAGCUCUGGGCAAGGCAUUGAGCAAGGCCCCGUCGGUGAAUGGCCACUUGGUGUUUGGCAAGUACUACCCGGCACCGACCGUGGACAUUUCGUGUCUGGUUGCCGUCGGAGCCGGGAAGGACCUCGGCGUUUGCAGGUUGCCCGAGGUCGACAAGAUGACGCUGCAGGACGUGGUCAAGCGCGUUCGUGGCGACGCGACCAAGAUCCGCAGCGGCAAGGACAAGGGCCAGGAAGACCGCAACAAGAUCAUGAGCGUGCUGCCGACGUGGGUGAUCCGGCCGAUGCUCAACUUCUUCGGCUGGCUGGGCAGCGCCUGUGGCUUCCGCAUCCCGCCGGUGGGCGUGGAGCCCUACAUGUUCGGCAGCUGCAUGGUGACGUCGGUGGGCAUGAUGGGGCUGGAUCUCGCCUUCUCCCCGAUCACGCCGUACUCGCAGGUGCCGAUGCUCGUGACGAUCGGGUCGAUCAUGGACAAGGCCGUCGUGGUGGAUGGCAAGGUGGAAGUGCGCCCGAUGCUGACACUGACCACUACCAUCGACCAUCGCUACGUCGACGGCUCCGAGGCGGCGCGCAUGGCCAAGAACCUCAAGGCGUGCGUCGAGGACCCGAACCUGCUCGAGGCCGUCCCCGGCGCAUAG